GGAGGGAGGUCACGUGGUAAAGAUGGACCCGGUGCUUUACGUCUUGGCGGCGGUGCUGUUGGCGGCGCUCCUUUUCUUCGUCAGCCGCGUCAGGGGACAAGCGCGCGCCGGUGAUGAGGAGCACCAUCACAAUGUGGUGGCGCCUGCAGCAGCCAGGCCUCGGCCUCAGCCCCACACCAGUGAGCGGGGAGAUGGGAUGCCCAGGCACCGGAGGAAUUUGGGGAACAGGAUGCGGGCGCAGAGACGUGCGCAGCAGGUAGAAGACGCGGUGGAAGAGGAGAACGAUGAAACCGAAGCAGCCGAGCCACAGAUUUCUGGGAAGGUUGGAGCAAAGAAACAGCGGAAGUUAGAGGAGAAGCAAGCAAGAAAAUCUCAACGAGAGGCUGACGAAGCGGAGCGGGAAGAACGAAAAAAGCUCGAGCAGAAGCGAGAGGAGGAGCGGCGCAAGGAGGAGGAGCGGCUGCGGCAGGAGGAGGAGAAAGAGGAAGAGGAAAAGAAGAAGGCCAAAGAAGAGGAGGAACAGCGGGAGCAUGAGGAGUAUCUCAAGCUGAAGGAGAGCUUUGUGGUGGAAGAAGAAGGGCUGGACGAAGCCAUGACAGAAGACGAGUCCCGAAGCUUCUUAACGGAACUUCUCGAAUACAUUAAGAGUGCCAAAGUGGUUCUUUUGGAAGACUUGGCUUCCCACCUGGGCAUAAGGACACAGGAUGCAAUUAAUAGAGUGCAAGACCUGAUGGCAGAUGGAACGCUAACAGGCGUGAUCGAUGACCGAGGCAAGUUCAUCUACAUCACACCAGAGGAGAUGACCGCCGUGGCUGACUUCAUUCGCCGGAGGGGACGUGUUUCCAUUACAGAAUUGGCUCAACAAAGCAAUUCUCUUAUCAACUUACAACCGGAGGCCAGAGCAGUCACUAAGGGGGUGGCAUGAGAACCCACUUUCUUUCUGCAGGGGGGUGGGCGGGUAACUUCGCCACGUAACUCCAGAACAGUAGAAAGACGUGUGUGUUCUAAAAUUGCAACGGCAUACUCACAUUCAGAUGAUAGAAACAACCGGAAUACAAUAUAAACAAUGCUUGGAAAA